ACUGUGAGACCGCGCCAGCCCAACUGCACGGCAGCGUCCCACCUCCACUGUCCACCUCCAUCGGCCCCAGCUUCGGCCCCCACCUUUCCCACCUUCUCUCCUGCUUCUCUAGCUACUGGACCGUGCAACCCUUGCCUGCCAAGACCAACAACCCUCCUGGCUUUGAGACCUGGAGCUUGCGGCAGGCAAGAGAGGCGGCCGAUCUUCUUUCCCCAAGAACAUGUUCACAUGCAUUCCUCCAAAUACCUAACAACAUCUCUCUCCGUCAACUGUCCUUUUCCAGUAAUAUUCACUCGCUCAACUAUUCAUAACUCCAUCAGGUCACGACCAAAAAAAGUAUCGGUUUCCGCUCGCAAAUUCAUCAGUAACACCGCCGUCUCUACAGUUCUACCACAAAAUGUCGGAGAACUACGUCGCCCCCGGCCAGCAGCGCUACCUUCGUGCCUGCAUGGUCUGCUCUAUCGUUAUGACCUAUGCUCGCUUCCGUGACGAAGGAUGCCCCAACUGCGAAGACUUCCUCCAUCUCCAGGGCUCGCCGGAUCAGAUCGACAGCUGCACGUCGCAAGUUUUCGAGGGAAUCAUCACCAUUGCGAACCCCCAAAAGUCGUGGGUGGCGAAGUGGCAGAGGCUGGACGGUUAUGUGAAGGGUGUAUAUGCCACCAAGGUGUCGGGCCAGUUGCCGGAUGACGUCCGCACUACGCUGGAGGAUGACGGCAUCCAGUAUAUUCCGCGCGAUGGCAGUGCGACGGAGGCGGACUAGAAACUCGAAGCUGUGGUGCAAGAAGCCUUGUUGGAUGAACAAGAAGGAAAGGGGGCCGACAAGAAAGAAGGAAAGGGGAUCGAUAGGAAAGAAGGAAGAAGGACCGAUAAUAGAUCGUCCACAGACAACACAGGAGCGAAAUGCCUGUUACAAGAGAAGGCAACAGGAGUUCAAGGCGUUAAGGCUGGUUUAAAGGGCGUGGUCUAGACAGCAGGAUAGCGGCCAUUUUGAGUUUUGCAUGAUUCACCCAUGGCUAUUAUUAUACUUUAAAGCGGGUUACAACACUCACUCAUACGGAUGAGUUUAUCAUUAGCUAUCCCAUACGGAAGAGUUAUUCAUCAGCUAUG